UUCCUCUUUUUCUCUCCAAUGGCUUACUUCGCAUAGCUAUUUCAUUUUAAGUGUAGAAAGUGUGACACGAUGCAGUUAUAAAGAAGAGCUCUAAAGAUGGCCACGAAAAAUGACAGGAAGCGUAGAACGGCCGAAAAACCGGCAUACGAGAGCACCGCUUUUUAUCAUUGGGCUGUAAAUCUUUUGGGUCUUGGUUUCGGUUAUUUGCAUCGGUGGCAUGUAUCCACGCUCUUUGAAAAUGACCGACACUUCUCUCAUCUUUCGGAGAUCGAGCGAGAAAUGUCCUUCAGGACCGAGAUGGGAAUGUAUUACUCUUAUUACAAGACCAUCGCCGAGUCGAAAGACUUUUUCGACGGGAUGGAUAAGCUCAGUCGUGACAAUCUAUCAGAGUAUGGCAAUGUUAUUGAUGCCAGCAGAAAAUAUAGUCUUUUACCCGAAAUUGUAGCAGGCUUCCUGUAUCAUAUUGCAAAAAGUCUUGGUGUUAUAUCCCAGGAACAAUGUUGGCAGAUAGAAAGAGGAGAUGGGUUGAUGCCCGUAACUAGCUGUGAAGGCCUGGGCGUACCUGUGUACUUCUAUUUAGAGAUAGUUUGGUUUUCCACAAUUUUCACGGCAGCAAUACUUUUUUACUACGCGACGUAUUUAAGCAAUUCUAUUUACGGUGGAUUCGUAACGAUUCUAUUCUUCUUCGUUAACCAUAACGAAUGCACCCGCGUUCAAUGGACGCCGCCAUUGCGAGAAACCUUCGCGUAUCCUAUGUUACUCUUUCAAAUGUACAGUGUUACAAUGGCUAUCAGAAAAUACACAAAACACGACUCGGAUAAAGAACCAAUCUUACUAAAGAAUAGAUCUAGACAAGGAUUAUUCAUGGAUAUAUUUGGUUCAACAAUUUGCAGCUUAUGUACCUGGCAGUUUUCACAUUUUGUUUUUACUACGCAAAUUAUAGCAAUUCUUAUACUGAAAUGGCUGAGGAUCGUCCCGUACGAUUUUUACAAAAAUUUGUGUACGGCUCAUGCCUUAGCUAUCGCGGCAGCGACUAAAAUAACAAAUGGCACUCUUAUAAUUUGUUCGCUCUACACGUGUAUCAUAAUCGGCAGCAACGUGGCCAGUUUUAUAAUGAAGAUAUUCCGAUUUCAGAAUAUCAAACGUGAAAUUAUUCUCGAAAUUGCUAUAACGAUCAUUUUUACCAAGUGGAUAAAAUCUUACAUUUUAUAUUCUCAAGAUGACGCUCAUGUGUUCAAUAUAUUAAAAUCUAAAUUAACAAACUUCAGAGACUUUCAUACUAUGCUCUAUACAUGCUCGCCAGAAUUCGACUUUCUGCAAUAUAGAACUUACGAAGCAAUUAUUAGGACUUUAUUGCUACCAACAGCAAUACUCGUUGGAAUGCUCGCACUGUAUUACUGGUACAGGAGUUUCAAGACGAACGAUUAUCCACUUUGCAUAGAGGCUGAUGUGGCGUAUAACGGUCUGCAAAUCGGCGCUUUUAUCAUCAUGACUAUUUUUAUUAUGAGACUGAAGUUAUUCAUGACGCCGCAUCUUUGUAUAAUAGCUGGUGCGGCGUGUAGCAAACGAUAUCUCGAAAAAGUCGGUUUGAAAGGCGAACUCAUGCGACUUGCCAUUUUUAUUCUUAUCUUGGGUGGUAUGUCGUAUCACGGUGUUGACAGAUUUCAAGAGGAACGCGGAUUUAUAGGCGAAUACAGCAAUAUUGAACAAGAAGAGCUAUUUGAAUGGAUAAAGAGUAAUACACCAAAGAAUGCCGCAUUUGCGGGUAAGAUGUCAUUGAUGGCGAAUCUAAUGCUGUCUACUAAGAGACCGAUUGUUAAUAAUCCUUACUACGAGAGCAAAGAGAUGAGGGAUAGAACUAUGAAGGUUUACGAGAUUUUCAGUCGGAAAGAUGCCACUUCUGUAUAUGCUUCUUUAAGAAACAUGAAAGUUAGUUACGUUGUAUUAGAGGAACCGCUGUGCCUUGGAUUUGCAAACUUACCACGAGGAUGUCAAAUGAUCGAUUUAUGGGACGUGGCCGAUAAUGAAACGGCAAAAACCGCGAAUAAGCCGCCUUUGUGUCCGCAUCUUUUCAAAGGAAACCCAUAUCCAUUCAGGAGAGCAUUUGUUAACAGUAACUACGUCGUGCUGCAAUUGGAUUAUUCGUAUUACGUGGAAUUUAAACCAAAGACUUCCGUACCAUUGCAUUACCAAUUCUAGAUUUUCUAUUUCUACGUUUCCUAAUAAGCAAAGAGCUCUUGAUGAAUA